CGCGCCGGUCCGUGCCAGUGCCGGUCCGUGCCGUGUCCGCACCGUGUCCCAGCAGGGCCACACGCAGUGACAGCCAUGUGGCUCACGCUGCUGCUGCUGGUGGCCCUGGCCCUGCUGGCCCUGGGCCGGGUGCUCUAUCGGCUCCUGGCCCCAUCCGGCAACCCCUUCGCGGGGCCACCCCUGCAGCCACCGCGGCCACUGGUGACUGACCAGCGCGCCCGGGACAGGGUUCUGAAGCGGGCGUUCAGUGCCCAUCGAGUGCCGGACCGGCUGGACGCUGUGGUCAUCGGCAGCGGCGUGGGKGGCCUGGCGGUGGCCGCCACCCUGGCCAAAGCGGGCAGGAGGGUGCUGGUGCUGGAGCAGCACGACCAGGCCGGGGGGUGCUGCCACACCUUCCAGCAGCACGGCACCGAGUUCGACGUGGGCAUCCACUACGUGGGRCAGAUGCACGAGGGGAGCCUGCUGCGGGUGGCCCUGGACCAGAUGACGGACGGGCAGCUCUGCUGGCACCGCCUGCCCGACCCCUACGACGAGGUGACCCUGGGGACCCAGCGCUACCACCUGCGCUCGGGUAAGGUGGCCUUUGUCACCGCGCUGGAGGAGCAGUUCCCCGCUGAGAAGGAGGCCAUCAGGGAGUUCAUGAAGCUCACCAAGGUGGCCUCGCGGCACGCGGCGCUGCUGGCCGUGCUCAAGCUGUCCCCACGCUGGCUCGUCACCCUCCUGCUCCGCCUGGGUCUCCUGUCCCGCCUGUCCCCCGUGUUUCGCAUGGCCGCCACCAGCCACAGCCAGGCCGUGGCCCAGCUCACCUCCAACCCCGACCUGCGCGCACUGUUCGGCUACCUCUUCUACGGCACGGCCCCGCGGGACUCGAGCUUUUUUGUGAACGCGCUGAUGGUGCACCACUACCAGCGCGGGGCUUGGUACCCUCGCGGAGGGGCGAGCGAGGUGGCGUUCCACGCCGUGCCCGUCAUCGAGAGCGCGGGCGGCGCCGUGCUGGUGCGCGCCCCCGUCACGCGCGUGCUCGUCAGCGCCGCCGGCACCGCGCUGGGGGUGGCGGUGCGGGCGRGAGCCGGAGAGGAGGAGSAGGAGGAGCUGGAGAUCCGCGCCCCGCUGGUCAUCUCGGACGCGGGGCUCUUCAACACCUUCGGCCGCCUGCUGCCGCCGCACGCGCGCGGACACCCCGGCAGGUCCUGCAUGACCAUCCUGACCAUGGCACGCUACGAGUGGUUCGAGGAGUGGGCAGGGACCCGGCCCCGCCACCGCGGCCCGGACUACCAGGGCUACAAGAUGGACAUCGCCCAGCGGCUGCUGGACAGGGCUCUGCAGCGCUUCCCACACCUGCGGGACAAGGUGGAUUUUGUGGAGGCGGCGACCCCGCUGAGCAACCAGCACUACCUGGGGGCGGCGCGGGGGGAGAUGUACGGCACCGAGCACGACCUGCGCCGCUUCAGCCCCGCCGUGGUGGCCGCCCUGAGACCCGACACGCCCGUCAGGAACCUCUACCUCACAG